UCAGGAAGAAACCGAAUCCUCUGCAGGCGCUUUGAAUCUCGCCGAAGUCCCUGAUUUUUCUUCAAAUGGUAAAGUUACCGUCUUCCGAGCUCCCAUAGACGUCAACCACCACCCGAUCUCGCCUCCUUUUCCUCCCUGCAGAUCCCCAUGGGCACUACAUCUUCCACGCUCACCCAGUACGACAUCGAAGAAGUCCAAGAACACUGCAAUCACACCUUUUCGCAGCAAGAGAUUGCUUCUCUGUAUCAGAGGUUUUGCCAACUCGAUCGGAAUGGUGGUGGCUUCAUCGCUGCGGAUGAGUUCUUGUCCGUACCUGAGUUCGCUGUCAAUCCUCUCUCUCAGAGAUUAUUGAGGAUGCUUGAUGGAUUGAAUUUUAAGGAAUUUGUAGCAUUCUUGUCUGCCUUCAGCUCUCGGGCAACCUUGCAACAGAAAAUUGAAUUCAUCUUCAAGGUGUAUGAUUCUUCCGCAAAUGGGAAGGUUACAUUUGAUGAUAUGUUGAAUGUUUUGAGGGACUUGACAGGACAAUUUAUUUCUGAGAAACAGAGAGAGGAAGUUCUGACCCAGGUCCUUGAGGAAGCUGGCUACAACAAAAAUUCUUUGUUAGUUCUCUCAGAUUUUGUGAAGAUCCUUGGCAACCCUGAUUUGAAAAUGGAGGUUGAAGUCCCUGUGGAUUAAAAUUGAUCGUGAUAGUCGCUGAAGCUAUUGUUUCCCAUCAAGUAUGAGAAAAACUAGGGGGGCUCCUAAAGUUGGCAAUGGCAUUGCAGUGUUCUGCAGUAAAUGCCAACCAUAUUUGUUGCAGGGUUUCUCAUCCGACUUCUUGUCAAACUGAUUUAACUUUUAAAAUAAUCAUUGAUAGAUUUGAAAAAGUAAAAUACUAGUUCGUGUCUGAAUUUUUUCUUUUUCCCGAUUGUUCUCAAAUUCCAUUGAUGUCUUUUUCCUUGUCAUCUACGGAGUACAAAGGCAAGCCCAAGGCCCUCGGGCAGCCUACUUCCCCGAAUUUUCCCUUGUCCCUGUUCAAGAAAGCCUAAUAUUUGAAGGAAAGUUCUAAGCACUCGAGUACAGAGUCUCUUUCAUCUGGAUUCAUGUUCCCAUAUUGCCACCACGCCAUCAUUUCUUAACGAUGGCAUCACCGAAAGUUCCUCUUCAUGUUUACUGUUGAAGAGAUUAUCGAUGGUGGUUGUCCUGUCAACUUUGGUUCAAGUCCCAUCCCCCUUCAAAUCCUACAUAGCAUGUUUCUUGCUU